UCCCAGAUCUUGCAGUUUUUCAAAUAUGUACAGUAAGUGGAUUGAUUUGCAUUGAUUACCUGGUUUGGCCAGUCAAUUCCUGGGCAGCAAGUUGAAAGUGCCCUGUUGUGCUGGAUGGCGUUCGACAUUGAGGUCUCAUUCAUUGACGUAAGACUGUGGCAGUGAAUACCAUCGGGUGGAUUAAAAAGAGCGCAAGUGCCAUCCGCCGGUUGGAACUUGUAACCUGACGGCUGGAUCCUGCAGCCGGGUGCUUGGAAGUCUUCACAGGCAGGAGCCUCAGGGGAAGUUUAUUUUGGGAAUUUCACCUGCCACUAGUGUUCUCUAGAAAUGAGCUUUUAAAAAGAGAAACCAGCUUAACUGCCCACUUUUAUCUCAACGUGUCUUACAAACUGAAAGUCAAGUUAUUCUUGAUUGGUGGUAAAGAGAUCCCCCCAAAUCAGAAGCAUUGGCUGAGCUCGCAGUUUAUUGUGUAGUAAAUGUCCUUGAACCUGCUAACUGCCUCAAACAGCCUCUCUCACUACUUGGGAAUAGAGGGAAUUGGCCAAAAUAGAGCAGACCUGCGUUCCGCUGGCACCAGUGAUGUUACCUUGUGUGAAGAAUGGUGGCAUUGGGACUUAGGGUUGAUUUUAAAAGGCAGCCUCUUUUUGUCCUCCCCAACUUCAGGUUUUUAUUUUUGGAAUGUAACGUUCUAGAGCUUCGGAAAUACAUGGCCACUCUCUUCCAAUUGCCACAAUUUUUCUGUUAGCAGUGACAGGGCUCAGGUGUUUAUUAGCUGGCGGGGUGGUAGCCGCAGUGUGGUUUACACAGGACACCUGGACUGCAGGCUUGAGCUGGAGUUGUGGAACGUCCUGUCGAUUUCACAUUGGGAAGCAGCCCCAGAGUCCCCAGGUUUGUUAGCUGGGACCAGGAAAGGGUUGGGUGUGUCCUCUGUGCCCAUGGCCCAUGGCCUUGACCUGUUCAUCCUUCCUGAGUCAUGGGAAAGGUCAUCCUUAGGGAUAUUUAUUUAUUCUGGAAGAUACUUAAAAAUAUCACAUUAUUAGGCUUGGAUAUUUACUGAUUAGCAUCUUUUAGAUGAGGGCACAAUCCUCCCCUUUGAAGGGGGCUCGAGGGUAUUGCUGAAGGAAGAUUUGAUGUUGAGGUUCCCUUCCCCACGUGGCUCUGAUUCCUUUACCUCCAGCCUUAGAGCAGGAGGAGAGUCCCUCUUCAGGAGUCCCCAGUGCCUCAGCCUGUGGGGACUGUGGUUUCUUUCCUUUGCUAUAAAAUCAAACAGUUGAUAUCAAUCAGCUUUUGCUGUGAUAAUUCUGUGUAAGAAACACUCUGCAAGCUUAGUGACUUUAAACAACAAACCUUUAUUAUCUGCCUCAUGGGUCUGUGGGCCACCUGUGGCUUCGGGUUGAGGUCAUGUCUGCUGCGUGCAUCAUUUUGCUCUGGGACCUAGGCUGAGAAAGCCCCCUCUGCCUGGGACAUUUGCUUCUCCCAGAGGAGGGCAGAGGCUUACAAGCCCAAGGCAGCUGAUGCAGGUGCAGUUAAAACUCCUGCUCAGAUGUGGCAUCAUAUGUCAUGCCUGCUGAUAAAUCCACUGGCUGAAGCAAGUCCCCUGGCCAACUCCAGUACAAAUGGGGCUGGGAAGGGCAUCCUUUCAAAGAGUGGGGACAGAGGCGGGUGGUGGAGAGUGGAUGAGAAUACAACGCAUUGUUUGGUGAAUAUGGCCGUGUCAGAAACUAGAGAGCCUGCCACGCUCAUCUCCCCUUUCUUCUGUGCCAUCUUCUUUGAGGGCAUCAUUCUCAAACUUGAGCAGGCAUCAGAAUCAGCUGGGGGCUCAUUAAAGUGCAGGCCACGGGGCUCCACCCCCAGGUUUCUGAUUCAGCAGGUGCAGUGAUGGGGGGAGCUGAGCAUUUGUUAUUUCUAACAAGCUCUGAGGAAGUAGGAUGCAGCUGGUCCGGGACUGCACUUUGAGGACCACUGGCCUAGUUUUCUGGGGGAGAAGGAGGCUCCUCUGAUUUCUGCCUCUGCACCAUUUCCUGACUCCCAGGGGUGGCUCUCAUCUCAAGCAGCCACCAGCCUCUCCGUGCGCCCUUCACUCCCCACUGAAACACUCCUUGAAUCUAAGUGGAAAGAGAAGAGCUCCUCCUUAGCCAGAGUGAGCUGCUCUGGAAUGCGUCCCGGGCCAGACAUCUGAUUUCAGAUAUGCAGACUUGUGCCGGGUUUCAGCCACCCUUUGACGGCAGAACAGUAGAACAUUCAAGGUGGGGGUUUUACCUGGAGGUUCGGCCUUUGGAAUUUGGGUUACAGUUGAAAUGGGGAUGUCACUCAGGGUCCUGCCUGACUCGCUUGACUUUCUGGGGUGUACACAGAGCCGAGAGACCCCACCCUGGCAGAAGAAGGAAGGUGGGUUUCAGAUGUGGACAGAUCUGGGUUUGAGCCCUGGCUCUGUCACUCAGUGGCCUUGUGACUGUGAAAAGGUCAUCUUCGCUCCUUGAAAAGUUCUGCUUUUUCUUCUUCACAUAGAAAAUGGAGUCGAUGUCGAUCCUGUCCUUGCUGGGUCACGGUGAGGACUGAAUGUAGUCAUGUUUCUGAUUCUGCUUUGCAUGCCGUGCGGGUCUGUGUCCAUGGAUGAGGGUCUCUGUGCCUCUUAUCUGCCGGGCAGUCCCCAGCCUGCUGGAGGCUUUGACUUCAGCAGGCAUCUGCCAGGAUCUCUCCAGGCUUUGGAAGGACGAAUUUCUUUCCCAAAGGCGGAGGAUGAAGAUGGAAGGUUUCCUAUUAGUAUUAUAAUAUCCACUCCGUGUUUACACUUGAAAGCUUUUUGUCCCAGGAGAAGGGAAACUUGCUGUGCUUGUUCAAGGACCUUCCUAAAUUAGCUGUUGAGUUGGGUUUGGAUCCCCCACCCCCACCCCAUCUCUAGUAUUGAAAUUAAUUGGUGCAGUUAACUGCUGAGUUCAUACAAACUGGCCUCCUGGUAUUAAGGAAUUAAUGACACCAAUACUCUGCUGAACGAAAAGGCAAUACAACUUCUGUUUGCUGCCGCCGCCGCCACUGCUAAUUUCAUUUUGGAAAAUUAAUAAAAAUGAAUUGCACCACUGACAUUUAUAGAGUUUCCUAAUAAAAUGAUACAUUGUUUGUGUGGAAGAAUCCCUAUUAAAUUAAUUGUUGUAAUCAGUUCACAUAUAGAUGUUGGUCUAGGAGCUGCAGAGGGGCCCCCUGCUUGUCUCUGUGGCCUGCUGCUGGCUGGGGGUUAUAAAUAUAGUCCUUGCUCAGAUACUGCCCUAAUUACAGAGAAGGCCCCGGGAGCCCCAGCUCACCUGUUUAAUAAUGAGGUAUGCUACACAGAGGCUCCCAGGGCUGGGGACCCCGGGGGCAGCCGUGGUAUCGCAGAGGAGCUGAAUGCUGAGUGUUCCAACAGCCCGUAUUGUACUCUCAGCAGCUGGGAGCUCCGGUUUGAAAAAUCAUCCUGUGGGACGUCUUUAUUUGGCACUUGCUGUGUGCUCAGUGUGAUAAUAAUACCGUUUGGAGACCCCAGGGAAAUUCACACUCCCCACCCUGCCAGGCGAAUUGAGACUCUUGGAAUGAAGAGUGUCCUCCCUCUGUCUAGAAUGUUCUCUCAGCUCCUCCUGCAGGGCUCAACUGGGUGUCCCUUUCUCAGGGAAGUGUCCCUGACCAUGUGAUUUAAAGCCUCGCCCUGCCCCCACGCAGCCAGCCCCCUUCCCUCCUUUCUUGUUUUACGUUUCUCUGGAGCACCCUGUGUCUGUCACGAUUGCCUUGCUUAAUUUACGUAUGCAUUACCCGACCCACUCCAAAGUGUUAGCACCGAGAGGAGAGGGAUUUUUAGUGGGGCUUGUUCAUGGGGCACCCCUGGUGCCUAGAACAGUGUGGACACCUCCCAGACCCUCAAGAAAUAUCUGUGAAAUGAACGAAAGUGAUGUAGAAAGGUGACCCUGAGUGUUGUGAAGGAAGGGACCUGGGUUUUCUCCACUUCUGUUUUUCGGAUAUUUCUAGCCCCGGGAUGGUCCGGUUGGGCCAGCACCGUGAUCUUGGGCACCGCCCAUGGGCCGGACGCUGUGCUUUGAAGCCCUCCCGGCAGCUCUGCCAGGUGUGGAGGGUGUGUGCCCUCCUGGGGCUGCUGGUGAGUCAGUGCUAGAACUGGCACGUGAACCCAGGAUGAUCUCACUGCAAAGCCCAUAACCUUCACUUUUGUGCCUCUGCUCCCCAGAGUGCGUGUGGAGGUUCCCAGGGAGCUCAUCAAUAGCUCCUCUGUUCCUCUCCGCCUCUCACUGCCGUGAAUUCCAAACCAAGAGAAGCGGGCUCCAGGCAAAGAUUCUCUUUGUCAGUAAGUGUGGCUCACACUUGCCAGCCAGGAGGGCUUCCUACCCUGCCCCCCGCCCCUGAAUUGGAGUUAGCCCCCCAGUCACAGGCAGUGUGGAAGGACUGCACAUUACGGUGGGGGAGAAGGCUCCUGUCACCAGAGGGCAGCGAGCAGGGCUGAGCCCAGUCCAGGCAGGCGACUGUAAAACUGAGCAAUCCCAAUAAUUUAUUCCUCCUCCCCUGGGAAAUAGGCAACCUUCCCUGGAAGCCAGGGACACACAAAGCUCAAGAUCGAAGUAAGAGCAUGUCCUUCCCAGGAAUCCUGUUUAUACCAGUUAGAAAGAGGCUGGAAAAAGCUGUUAAUUAUCUAAUUAAUUAAUUAGAUUGAUAUAGAUAGCACCUCAACACUGAAGCACUAAGGGUCUAGUAAUAGAAUUUUCCUAUAAUGAACACUAAAUGUUUUUUGGUCAAUAAGCAAUAAAACAGCCACGUAGAAGGAGGGGGUCUAGAAGGUAAGGAAGAGAAAAGUGCGCCUUGAGUUUCAAGCAGACUCCAGUGGCUCGGAGAGAGCUUCCACUCUCCUCCUGCUGAUUUCUUGAUCCCAUCUGUCCAUUGCAGCUUCAAGUGCCCCAGACCUUUCCCCGCCCUGAUGGCGAUGAACACCAAGCUGUGAUCCUCUGCUCUUUCUUUGCACAUUUUUCCUUCUGGGCUCCCAGGACUCCCCAGCUCUGUGGUCUGACUGUGAAGUCUCCAUGGGUCACUCCCCACAUCUGACUCUGUCUCCCUGGCACCUGGACAUCGAGUUACCAUCUCCAGCUCGCCAUCCUCCCCCCUCCCUCCCUGACCCCGACUCUGCUUUCCAUCUUGUGACUUCCCUGGUUCUAGAAGAGCCGCCUCAUGUUUGGGGACGCCAGGGUGUACACCUUGGACUCCAGGUGGCUUCUCUUUCUUCUUUGUCCCCUGCAUCUCAUUAGUCACCAACUCUGCCAGCAUUUCCAACUUUAAUUCACAUCCUCAUUUUCUUACGUUUCUCCCCAGGUUCGGCUGAGUCCUUACCUCCACUGUCAGGUGUGGAGUACUGCAAUGUCUCCUACUAGGUUUUCCUCUCUAAGCAGAACUCCUCCUCAUUGGUUUUCCUGAUGUGUUCCUUUUUUUCCAUCAUUCUUCUACUUGAAAGCCCUAGAGACUUCCUGUGAGCUUCCAGCCCCUCCAGGGAUGUCUUAAAGGUCACCCUUCUGUCUCAACGCACCCUUUUCAGUUUAUUUUCCUUGACGUCCCACCUCCAAGUGCUGCUACAGUUGGGGAGCUGCUGGCUGCUUUCUGAACAUCUUUCUUGUCCCCCACUUUGGCCUUCACUUGGCAUUGACCUCACCUUGAAUGCCCUCAAGUCCAAUCCGGUCUGCCUGUUCCUUGGAGCCUUCCCCAAACUCACCAACUCAGGGCGAGCCCUUUUCCCUUCCUGCUCCCGUAGCUGCACGUGCUUUGUUGUCUGUUAUUUGCCAAUUCAGCCACCAUGAGUAAGUCUUUCUUCCCUAGUGGGGUGGCAUGUUCCCCAAGGACAGGGUCAUGCCAUCCCUUUUGUUUCUUAUCAGCCUGUGUGCAGGGAGGCCAUGGAGUCAAUGGGGUAGAGUAGGCAGAAGGUGGACAGAGCGUGGACUCAUUGCAUGCCAGCAAGUUUGCCCAGGAGGGGGGAGUGCCAGUGCCCAGACCCUGCCAUCCAUGGGAUUCUUUGUCCUAGACAGCCCUUGGGGUCCUGGUGUGGUAUCAGCCUGUGAGCAGAGGCCUCUUCCUAGAGAGCUCGUGUUUUCAGGCCCCAGGCUUGUCCCGGUGCAGUGGGGGGCUGUCUUCGUUCAGCACCCCCGUAAGACCCCUGGGAGCAACCUGUUGGCCCCCUUUAAGGCGUCUGCUCCUCAGGACAGACAGUUACAGGACUUUUCUAAGGAAGCCCCCGAUUCCUUGUAAAGUUGCUCAAGUGACCAGAAUAGAAUUGCAAAAAUCAUUUAAAAAUUCCCAGAUCUAGAAAGAAAUACAAUCCUGAUACCUCUUGCAACCUGGAUGAAGCUUGAGGACGUGACGCUCAGUGACGUAGGCCAGACACGAACGGACACACGUUGUGUGAUCUGCUGCCUGCAGGAUCUAGAAUAGUCAGCUUUGGAGCUGGACAGUAAAUAGUUUCCAAGGACUGGGGUGGAUGGAGGGAGAAAUGGGGAGUUAGUGUUUAAUGGGUACAGUGUUUCAGUUGGGGACGAUGGAUGGUAGUGAUGCUGGUGGCAGAGCAAUGUGAAUGUACUUUACACUCAACUUACACUUAAAAAUGGUUAAAAUGGUAAAUUUUAUGUUACAUAUAUUUUGCCACAAUUAAAAAAAAAUUCCCUGGCCAGGUGCAGUGGCUCAUACCUGUAAUCCCAGCACUUUGGGAGGCUGAGGCAGGUGGAUCAUGAGGUCAGGAGACUGAGACCAUCCUGGCCAUGGUAAAACCCCAUCUCUACUAAAAUACAAAAAAUUAGCAGGAUGUGGUGGCAUGUGCCUGUAGUCCCAGCUACUCAGAAGGCUAAGGCAGGGGAAUCGCUUGAACCCAGGAGAUGGAGGUUGCAGUGAGCCGAGGUCGAGCCAUUGCACUGCAGCCUGGGUGACAGAGCAAGACUCCAUCUCAAAAAGAAAAAAAAAAUUCCAGAGUUGCUUCUGUAGCUCUUCUUAGGUAUUCAGCUGGGCAGGAUUGGAAGGGGUGGGGGAACUCUGUGUGUGUGUGUGUGUGUGCGUGUGUGUGUGUGUGUAUGUGUGUGCAUGCGUGUGUGUGCGUGCGGGCAUGGGUUUUAGACUCAGCUCAUUUUAGGACUCUGCACUUUGGAACUACUCAGGAAAAAGAAAACUGGGUCAGCAGUGGUUUCUGCACGGUAACCUUUGCAUUAUGCUGAGCUGAGGUCUCGCUUCAAAUUAACACAGAGACAGUCAUGUUAGGUGCAUUUCAGCACUUGUGUAAUGUAUCCAGCAAAUCCUUGGCCGAGGCCAUCACUGGCCAAAGGGCAGCUAUAGGGUGAGGGAGAUGGUGGGUCCCAUGUCUGUCAGAACUCCCAGGGAGCCCUCCUGCCUGAGGAUUUCCUCGCAAGGCACCUGUCACAUAGUUUUCAUCUAUUUCCGGGAUGAGAUGGGGAGUGAGCUGUGGCCUGUAUCCUGAUGGAGUGUCUGGCGCUGUCUCGACAGUGGGAGGGAAAUCCCCAGCCUCUGCAUGGAAAUAGGUCUGCCCUGGAUUCCAGUUAUCUUUAUCCUAGUUAAUCUCAGAAUACAAAAUGUCAAAGCAGGGACAACCCACGGAGGCCACUUCCUCACAUCCCUCCCCCCACCCCACACCAUGUCCAGGAAGGUGGCCAAGGCAGGGGCACUGAUGACCUAUGGGGGGUGUCACACAUGCUGGGCUCCUGAUCAGAGGACAUGCGAGCCUCAUGUGGCCUCAGCCGACUUAGCCACUAGCACCAGCCCAGGGCUCAUGUCUUAGCAUGCUGAGGGUCAGCCUUCAUCCCACCCCUCCUCACUUCUCGGGGCCAGGAGUGCAAGUCAUAGGUGUUCUGGGGGAACCAAGAAGGAAGCAUUGGUGUUGUGUCUGGUUCCUCCCUGGGUUAGACAGCUACCAACUUAUAGCUCCUGCCCCCCACCAUUUUUUUUUUUUUGAUAUGGAAUCUCCCUGUCACCCAGGCUGGAGUGCAAUGGUGUGAUCUCUGCUCAUGCAACCUCCACCUCCCAGGUUCAAGUGAUUCUCCUGCCUCAGCCUCCUGAGUAGCUGAGAUUACAGGUGCCCGCCAGCACACCCGGCUAAUUUUUAUAUAUUUAGUAGAGACGGGGUUUCACCCUGUUGGCCAGGCUGCUCUCGAACUUUUGACCUCAAGUGAUCCACCUGCCUCGGCCUCCCAAAGUGGUGGGAUUACAGGCGUGCAUCAGGGUGCCCAUCCCCCCUUCUUUUAUUAUUUGUAUUUUUAUAAAAAUUAUACAUGUAUUUGAGUAUGUCAAAUGGCUCUAAAAAGCUUGUAAGAAAAGGUAGCAGCCUCUGCCCUACAGCUCAAUCCUGGUUCCCAGGGGCGGCUGCUUUCCACUCUUUUGGUUUUGAUAUUUACCUCCAGAUUUCUAAAUAUGUGGACUCUGCUAUUUCUUCAUUUGUCAAUUUUAGACAUCAUCUACCAGCUUCCUCAGAUGCUGAGGAUUUAGCUUUCUUACUGUGUCCGAUGCUGGGCUCUGCCUUACCUGGGGGAGGGGCUGGUUCAUGGAGGGAGUCAGCUUUCUGUUGGUAACUAUGAGGUUCAGCAUCUACUUUUUUUCUCCGGAGCCCUCUGGGUUCUCUUGACAAGGAUUGGUUGAUGUGCUGCCUAGUUUGAGCUGGCCUGGCUGCUAGCGGUCUGAGAACCAGGCAGGGCAGGGGCUGGGAAUGCCAGCACUGGGAAUGAGAGCUAUCACGUAAGUCUCCCAGUUUUUAGCCUGUGUUUCUUGCCUCUCUUCUGCUGUUUCCAAGUUUGGAGUCUUAUCAGAUUUCAACUCUUCAGAGAAUCAAUGUGUCUCCCAUUGGGGCAGAGGCCAGGGGCUGGUUGCCUGUCUGCUCAGCGUAGACAUAGGACCCUGGGGGUCUACUCCCCCCAACACAGAUUGGCGAGCUCCUUCUGCCUCCCACCCCGUUCCUAACUUCCGCCUUCUGUGGCACCUGCUGCUUCCAAUUUGCGAGUCUUCUGGGGGCCUGGCAGGCCAAUUAGCGUGUUGUUCCUGGUAUCCCCUGUACGGCACUUGGGUUUCCGCUUCCUAGAUUUGACUGUGUCAGCUCCCAACCCUGCAUCUGCUUCCCGUCUCUCUAGAAUGUGUUGGCAUCCCUUAUCCACGCUCGUCUCUGUUCCCCUUGGCUUUCUCCUUGUGGGUUUAUACUUGUUUUCAUUCCUUGCUGUCACUGGUUAGGACUAGUGAUGCCGUGUCCUCCCUGCGAGCCAGCCCUGUUUUUUCCUCGCUGGCCUUCGCCCAGAAUCGUGCGAGUGGGAUCCACUCCCCUUGUGCUCUCCUCCUUCCUCUCUCUCCUCUUCAUUCCUGCUCACUCUCAAGCUAACUUGCUGUUUUCCUCUCUUGCUUUUUUCUCUUUUUCCAAGUCUUUUUCAGUCUGCAGAAAGAAAUGCCUCCAAGUGCAGUUUGGAGGUUUCUAAGUGUUUCUAAGUGCACAACUGCUCAGGCUGGGAAAUCCUGCUGCCAACACGUACGUAUCCUUCCUGUGUGCAAGGGCCCAGGUGCGCAGCCCGACCCGCACCCAGCCCCAGCGCAGGCCUCCUCUCCGCCUUCUUAAGGCACCACUCUUAGUUUAGAGCCUUUCCUGGAAUUGGCACAAGGGCCAUGGUGUGGCCUCUCCCUGAGCAGGAUUUCAGGAAUCCUGGGGAUGGCCAGGGCCAUCCGCUUAUGCUGUGCAUGUACCCUGAUGGUGGCAUCUCUGUGGCUUUUAUUUUUACAUGGUUCUGCUUGUGUCUUCUUUGGAUUAUACCGAGACAAAAGCCUUCACGACAGGGGCUUCAUGCCAGGGCAUCUGUGAAGCAUGCUGGGGUGCCCUGACAGGAGACUGCCCACCCAGGGUGAUGCCUGCCAGCAUCUCCAAGCAGACAGGCUGGCAGUGAUGAAUACUUCUGAGAAUAACACAGCUCCCUGGCACUGUGCUCAUGCAGAUCAAUAGGUAUUUGCAUGCCCUGUCCAUUUCCAUUAAUGGUCAUUUUGUUUUGUUUCUGCCGCCCCGCAGUUUGUUCUUAGCAUCUUCAGCCCCCUCUCCUGGGUUUGGAAAGUUAGGACUGUCUGGUAUUUCUGUAACGGGCCUGGAUUGGCAUCCGUGGUGUUUCCUCUGGAUCAUUUCUGAUCUAAUAAGUCAUUGCUCACUGCCCAUGGAAAGGAAAAGGGAGCUGGUCCGCGGGCCUUGUGGCAUUGUGAGGAGGGAAGGCAAGUUCUCAGAAUAAGGGAUGUUUUGCAAUUCAUAAGUUUCUGUGUAAUGAGUAAUCACCAGAUCAUCUGGUUAUUCUGGGCUGGAGAUUCUACCCCUGCGCUGUUUGGCUAGGAGGUAUUACUGUCUGCUAUUCUUAGAUUUUUCCACAGUCCUUCUUAUGGAGCUUUCUAAAAAAAUUAAAAAUAAACCAAAAACAAAGGCAGGAAAUCUUUUCUGAUUCUCCAGCUCUACUGCAUAGCCCACUUUCACUUGAGCAUUUGCUUUGUGUGGUGUGUGUGUCCUUACAUACACGUGUACACACACACACAGCAUACAUAUACACAGCACACACAUGUACACACAUACAGCGCACACACAUACACACAGCACACAUACACAUAUGCACACACAGCACACACACAUAUGCACACACAGCACACAUACACAUGUACACACAUACACAGCAUACAUAUACACAGCACACACAUGUAUACACAUACAGCGCACACACACAUACACAGCACACAUACACAUAUGCACACACAGCACACAUACACAUGUACACACAUACACAGCACACAUACACAUGCACACACAGCACACAUACAUAUGUACACACAUACACAGCACACAUACACAUGUACACACAUACAGCACACAUACACACAUGUACGCACAGCACACACAUGUACACACAGCACACAUAUGUACACACAGCACACAUACACAUGCACACACAGCACACACACGUACAUACAGCACACAUACACAUGUACACACAUACACAGCAUACAUACAUGUACACACAUACAGUACACAUACACAUGUACACACAUACACAGCACACAAACAUGUACACCCAUAGCACACAUAUACAUGCACACACAGCACACACACAUACAUAUACAUGUACACACAGCACACAUACAUACACAGCACACAUGUACAUGCACACACAGCACACAUACACAGCACACAUACACAUACAUAUACACAGCACACAUACAGUUGUACACAUACACAUUACGCACAUGUACACAGCAUACACAGCACAUAUACACAUGAACACAUACCCGGCACACACACAGCAUACACAUGUAUGCACAUACACAUGUAUGCACACACAGCAUACAUACACAGUACACAUGUACACAGCACACAUACACAUGUACACACGUACACGUACACACAGCACACAUACACAUAGCACACAGACACCUGUGCACACAUACACAUGUACACACAGCACAUACAGUAGGCAUACACAGCAUACAUAUACAUGUACACACAUAUGCACAGCACACAUACACAUGUACACACACAGCACACUUGCACAUGUAGACACAUACACACAUAUGCAUGUGCCCAGGCACAUACACAGAAGCAUACAUAUGCAGAUACACAAGUACACACGUACACAUGACACAUGCAUAAACAAAUUUGCGACACACAAUACAUGCUUGCACAUAGCACAGAAACACACAUACACACAUGUAGGCAAAGACACACAUAUGCAUGUGCCCAGGCACAGACACAGAAGCAUAUACAUGCACAUACACACACUACUACACACAUGUACACACAACACAUGUGGAAGCAAAUAUUAAACAAUGCAUACACACAGCACAGAAACACACAUAUACAUAUAUACAUGUAAAAUGUGUAAAUACACAAUACCUACACACACACACACACACACACACACACACACACCCUCCUGUAUUGGUCACUGUUCUCUUCUAAGAAGUCUCUGGGAACAUUUUUCUUCUGUUCAUUAUGUGUCUUAGAUGAACUUUUUUGGGUAGAGGAAAUUUUCUCCUAAAAGAAAAAAUUAAUUUUUCUAUACUGGCUAUUCCUGACCUCACCUGGCAGGGAAUUUAUUGUUAAUUAAGCUGUUUAGUUUGAGGUGACCGUGGGGGAAGAGGGAGUGAGAGUCCAGGCUGGGGCAGCCAUAUCUGGGAGGGGACGGUCCUGCCCUGCCAAGGACAGGGAGCUCGCUGAAGCAUUGGUGGCUGGCGUUGUGACUUCCCAUCACUCCCUCCCCUGGGAUGAUCUGUAGGCACUCAGGAUCUGAGUCUUUUUCUUUUGGCCUUUGCCUGCAGUGGAAUUGAAUUUGCAUGUAGAAUGGCAGCUAGGCUGAGGGACCAGAGAAAUCAGCCCACUGCUAGGUCUGGGGAAGGUGAUGGCAUUAUGGAAAGAACAAAUAUGCGGGUGAGGAUGGAGGAGGGAAAGCAGAUGAGACACUUUUCCUUCUCCCCAGGAGCACAGCUGGCACCAUGAAAUGUGCCAUUUCCACAUAUUUUCACACCAAAAAUCCAUGGCCCGUCUGCCUCCAGUGUCAUCGGCUCGCUCUAGUUAAUUCAGCUCACCAGUGUUGGGUGAUGCUGCCCCUCUGAGGCUGGGGGUUGAUGGAGCUGUGUCUGGGGAAUAGGUGUCAUCUUCUCCCAGGGCUACGAGUGAGCCCUUUUAGUGACACGGAACCGUCACUUUCGUCGUUGGUUGGCACCCACUCUUAGUGAGUACUUUCUGUUCCCCGUGGGCCAGGCGUUGUGCUGGGCAUUGGAUAUAGUGGUGACCAAGUCAGAUCAUUUAUAAGAACUGCAAUUGUGAGGAGUGCUACAAGGGUCAGGUGCAGGCAGAGGCUGCCUCUCUAGUGCAUGGGGUGGGGAGAUUGGGCUGCCUUCCAGAGGGGCUGAGCUUUGGGUAGGGACGUGACGAGCUUGCCCCUUGCCCGUGUGUGUGUGUGUGUGUAAAUGUGUGUGCCCACACAUGUUGUAGGAAAGUAUUUUAUCCCUGGGCGUGGCUGUGGUAGCCUGAGCAGAUCUGAGACAGGAGGGCAUCGGGGGAGUGAAGGCAGGCAUGGGUUAGGGAAGGCUGGCUAGGCAAAGUUAGGAAUUUGGGGAUGAUGCCAGGUGCAGUGGAGGUUCCCAGCGGUGGGGGUGUGUUGAACAGGGUAAGUAGCUGAGUUGCUAUUAUUAACCCACUUGGCUGGUUGCCCUGGUGGUGGAGAAUGAACUGGAAGUCCAAGGGUGAAAGUAGAAAGAAACUGGAGUGCUCACAUGCCAGUGUAGAUACCAUUUUACUGAUGGGAAGACCGAGACACCGGCUCUCCGAAGGUAUCCUUGUCCCAUUAGCUGUUACCAGCAAAGACGCAGUGGGGUCUGGCCUUCUGAGUGUGGAGAAGCAGAGGACCUCGGGGGGAACUGGAUGCCUGGAGGCUCCAAGCACCAAGCUUCAGCUCCCCCUGAAUGCCAGCUGCUCAGACUGGGCUGAUGUCAGACCCCCUGUCCCAGCAUCUCCUGGCAUUCUGCGCUCCUUUAAACCGACUCCCACUCCCAUCUCUGUGUGCUCAGCCCCUCCCCUGCUGAUCAGGCUCUCAGCUGAGUCUUAAGGAGGGAAGUGGGCUCCAGGGACAAGGGGUCAUGCCGGCUGUGGUAACUUCACACCACGGGCCCAUUUACAGGUUAGAAAAUGGUUGUUAACGAUGAUGAUGGCGAUGGAUAAUGGAGAGACUGCAUGGGGGAAUUAUUCUUAGACAUAAUUGCCAAACUUCGAAUUCUUUUUUAGCCGUGACAGAGAAAAAAACUCUCCCUUCGCUUUAUGAGUAAGUGAUUUGGUUCAGCUCCUUCUAGAAAAAUUCCAGCCUUAACCCUGUCUAACCCAUCAGUGUGUGUCUGGGAAUAUCCCUAGUUACGCCAUUUCUCUAGUGCUUAAUUUCUUUACCCAGUGCCAGAGGGUCUGCAAGGAUAUGUAUGAGUUUUGCAGUUUAUUAAUUUUGCAUUAAAUAAUUAAUAGUAUAGUUAAUUGAUGAAUUAUUCAAUUUUCAGGUAAAAUGGCAUGAUAAAUAUUCAUAACUUAUUUUAUUAAGGGAAUUUCCAUUUCCUAUAUCAUUAAAUCUAGAUUAACGAAGGCUGAUUUUAAAUGAAGAUUGAAAACAAUUGUGCUUUGGAAUUAAUUUACCAAGUUAAGGUCAUUGCUUUGUGAAUUUACCCCCUGCCAGAAAGUUCGCACUCAUCAUCUGGAAAAGUAUCUGAAUUCACAGAAGUCACGUUGCCAUCAGUUAGGAGAAUUCCCCAGAUCUGCUGGGAACUUCCCGCCAAGGGCACUGACACGACCAGGGUGGAGUGGCCCGAGCGAGGGCCUCUUAUUCCUUCCACUGAGCAGCGGGCUGUUGCUUUGAGCUGCUUGUUGGGAGGAAAUUGUAACACAGUUAUUAACAUUAGUCCAAAUAAGUUGUGAGGCAGGCUUACAUCCCAGGGAAGGAAUGAUAAGGUGCAUAUGCCUUAAAGUUGAAUUUAAAAUAACUUUGGAGCCAGACACGAUGGCUCACACCUGUAAUCUCAGCACUUUGGGAGGCUGAAGUGGGCAGAUCGCUUGAGGCCAGGAGUUUGAGACCAGCCUGGGUAAUAUAGUGAGAUCCCGUCCCCCCAUCUCUACAAAAAUACAAAAAUUAUCUGGGCAUGGUGACACACCUGUGGUCCCAGCCACUCAGGAGGCUGAAAUGGGAGAAUCACCUGAGCCCAGGAGGUUGAGGCUGCAGUGAGCCGAGAUCACGUACUGUGCUCCAGCCUGGGUGACAGAGUGAGACCCUGUCUCAAGAAAUAAAAGGUGGCGGGGGGGAGGGGUUUAGACCUGGUUUAUGUUAAUUUGUAAAACUGCUUAGAGCACAGACCCACUGAGUGGUGCUGAGAAGUUUCUGAGUAUCUUGUAGGCUGCUUACAACUUGCAAAACCCCUUUGGAUCUGGGCUCUCAAUCCUCUUAACAACCUGGCAAAGUAAGCUAAUGUCUAAGGAUAUACUGAGGCAGCGGGAGACAGAGAUGGAGAGAGAGACAGAGAGAGAGGCAGAGACAGAAAGAGACAGAGGAAGAGGGAGAGACAGAGGAGACAGAGAGACAGAGAGAGAGAGACAGAGAGACAGAGGCAGAGGGAGACAGAGGAGACAGAGAGGAGACAGAGACAAAGGAAGAGGAGAGAGAGGUGAGAGGCAAAAGAGAGAGAAAAGAUGAGAGAGAAGAGAGAGAGGGGAGAGAAAGAGGAGAGAGGAGAGGGAGAGGAAGAAGGGAGGAGGAAGAGAAGAAGGAGAAGACGAAAGAGGAGGAUAAGGAGGAAUAGAAGAAUAAGA